AUGCAGUACUACACAACAUCAGCAAUGGCGGCUUCUUCAUCACCACCAGAUUUGAGCAAAACCACCAAGCUGGAAAGGUACAACAGCUACAUCCGGCGAGUUAACAGCACGAAGCUCUUAGCCGCGUCCUCCAAGCUCCUCUUCCGCGCCACCCUCUUCGCCGCCGUAAUCCUCCUCCUCUUCUUCACUCUAAACUCGCCCCCACUCUCCGCCGACAACAACAGCGGCAGCCACCACGGUCACAUCCACACCACCAGCAACUUCCUCUCCUCCGCCUUCUACGGCAGCGGAGCCGCCUGGGAGAAGCAAGUCCGCCACUCCUCCACCCCGCGCCGCCCCAACGGGCUCUCCGUCCUGGUCACCGGCGCCGCCGGAUUCGUCGGGACCCACUGCUCCUUAGCUCUCAAGAAGCGAGGCGACGGCGUUUUGGGGUUGGACAACUUCAAUUCCUACUACGAUCCGUCGUUGAAACGGGCGAGACAAAGCUUGUUGACCAAGCAUCAAAUCUUCAUCGUGGAAGGGGACUUAAACGACGCCGAAUUGCUCAAGAAGCUCUUCGACAUUGUCCCGUUCACACACAUCUUACACCUCGCCGCACAAGCCGGCGUGAGAUACGCGAUGAAGAAUCCCUUGUCCUAUGUGAAUUCCAACAUUGCCGGCUUUGUGAACCUCUUGGAGGUUGCGAAAAAUGCGGAUCCCCAGCCGGCGAUCGUGUGGGCCUCGUCCAGCUCGGUUUACGGGCUCAACACCAACGUCCCGUUCUCCGAGGAACACCGGACCGACCAACCCGCCAGCCUGUACGCCGCCACGAAAAAGGCCGGGGAGGAAAUAGCCCACACUUAUAACCACAUCUAUGGGCUUUCGUUAACCGGGCUGAGAUUCUUCACCGUUUACGGCCCAUGGGGAAGGCCCGACAUGGCGUACUUCUUCUUCACCAAGGAUAUCCUCCAGGGGAAGCCAAUCAACGUGUACGUCACGCAGGACGACAAGGAGGUGGCGCGUGACUUCACGUACAUCGACGACAUCGUGAAGGGCUGCGUCGGGGCGCUGGACACGGCGGAGAAGAGCACCGGGAGCGGCGGGAAGAAACGUGGGCCGGCCCAGUUGAGGGUGUACAACCUGGGCAACACCUCCCCGGUGUCGGUGGUCAAGUUGGUGUCCAUUUUGGAGAAUUUGUUGGGCGUCAAGGCUAAAAAGAAUGUCAUCAAGAUGCCACGAAACGGCGACGUUCCUUACACGCACGCCAACGUCAGCCUGGCCUAUAAGGACUUUGGGUACAAGCCCACCACGGAUUUGUCGACGGGGUUAAGGAAAUUCGCGAAAUGGUACACAAGUUAUUAUGGCAUCCAAUCCAAGGUGAAGGAAUCAACCAAUGAGAAGAAUGAUGAUUCAUAA